UAACGACAAGUUAUUUUGACAUUAUUCCUUACAAAUUUGAGAUUCAAAUGAUUCAUAAAGACUGUUUUAGUCUCUAGAUCCUCGCUAAACACUCCUGGCUAAACCAAGAGAUAGAUUUAUAUAUUAAAAAUAUAUAUGUUCUCUGUAAAAAUCAUCACAAUGACGUGCUCCGUGCGAUGGUUCACAUCUACGGCAAAGAUGGGCCUGAUGCUACUUCUGAUUGCGGCCCCCUCGGUGCGAGCCAGCGACGUGGCUGUUGCAGCGGAGGAACUCCCUCAGCCUGAAGCCCUGAGGUCAUCGAUGCUUGGAGGGAACUCAUUACGACCUUCCUAUGAUCCUAGGGAUGCCUACAACAGCCUGAGAAUGUCACACAAAAUGUCUCGAGAAUCUCGUCAAGGUUCAGAGACUGCGUUGCGGCUGGAAGAGAAGCUGCGACGAGCGCUGACACAGCGCAAGGGCAGCCCUGUGUCUUCCAGGCCCUCCCAGGCUGACGCAGAAGACCUCGUGGGAGCUGCAUCGUCAUCAGACUACGGGGGCUACGCCAGUGAGAGCAGCUACGGUCUGACUUGCACGUCAGGAUACGUCAACACGUCCGCCGUGGCGCUACUCGCUUUCCUCUUCCUUCUCAACAUCGUCCAGGACGUAAUUACGCAAAUCACGGGGCGUCGCAAGCGCAGUACGGACGAAGAGACCACGCCUCUCGAGCAGUUCCUCGUUGACGGCGGAGUGGAUGGUCUCUACGAGGACCUUCCUGCGGUGCUGCUACCGCUCAUGGUGAAGUUGUCAGAUGCACAACACCCGCGGUGCGUGCGGCGUCCGCUGUGUGAAGCAAACCUGCACCUGAGCCAGACGUACGGGCCGGUGGGUCGCGUGGUGGGCUCCCUGGUGAGUAACAUCGCGGCCAAGACCUUCAGUGGGGCCCGUGCUGCCCACUUUGACGAGGCCAUCGAGGCCGCGGCCACCGGCAGGAGUGGGUCGUGUCAUUUGGUGCCUGCGUGUUUUCAGGAGGCUGAGCCUCAGCCUCAUUACCCAAAAUCCUAGUUUAUCGCUAUUGUGAGCAGGAUAAUUUUCUGUUUAUUUAUUAUUAGAAAUUAUUAUAAUUAAGAAUUAUGUUCGCUACCUUGUUAAUUAUGUUUUACGUAAAUCUGCUUUCCAUUUCAUGUGAAUUUUUCUACCCAACAUUAUACCAAUAUUAUAAUGCAUUAUAUUAGUUCUUCUGUCAAGGAAUCAUCCCCAUUAGAGUAACGGCAGGCCUUAAAUUUAUUUUCCAUGCAUGAACUAUUUUCAAGGCAUGGUGCUUCAUGAUAUUGUUUUGUGCAUUAUAUUUUUACACGUUAUUGGUUUCUUUCGUUUUUAUCAACCAAACCAUCCAUCUUCUAAUAAAUUUCAAGAUAUUUCUAUCACGUGUUUCCAGGUAUGCCAUCAGAUUUCCCGGCAAUCGCAACAAUUACAAUAGAAAAAAAAUAAUAUACUUCUAAACUUUACUGGCACGGAUAAUUCAGAUUUGAGAGUUAUUUAAACUGAAUCAAAUGAGAAAGCUAAUCCCAAAUCGAAUCCCAAAGCUAAUUUUUCGAUUAAGGUUAUGAGAAAAAAACCUUUUAG